AUGGAUUUUUCAAAAAAUGCUUUUGUUGCUAUUGGGGACAAUGAUAAAAGGGAAAAGUUUGAAAAUGUAACUUUGGGUGAAUGUGAUGAAAUUAAAAUUGGAAUGCAAGUGAGGUCUAAAGAAGAAGCAUAUAACCUUUAUAAUGAGUAUGCUUUAAAAAGGGAAUUUAGCAUUCGAAAAGCGGUUAAACGAGAGUAUAAUGGUGUUAUUAGGCAACAAGUAUUUGUGUGUUCAAAACAAGGUUUUAAAGAGUUUGAAGACCCUUCUAAUAUUAAAAAGUAUCAUAAUUUAGAUGCAAGAAUGGGUUUUCGUGCUAGGAUUCGGUUUGAUGUAAAAAAUGAUAUUUUGAGUGUUUCACACUUUAAUGACACACACAAUCAUGAAUUUGCAACUUCAGAAGAAAGAUGUAACUUGAGAUCAGAAAGAAAGGUGCUACCUGCUCAUGGGAAUAUAAUUAGCACAAUGGUUAGUUCGGGUAUAAAAGCAACAAAGUCUUACUCAUUUUUGUCAAAAGAACUUGGUGGUGUAAAUAAUGUUGGGUUCUCUAGGCGAGAUUGUCAUAAUUUUGUGCAAACAAAAAGAAAAGAAAUUAUGGAAGCUGGUGAUGGGCAAAUUAUUAAAUUUUAUGAGGAAAAGGCAACACAAAUGCAACAAGAUGAAAUAAAUGAAGAUUUUCGUUGUAAGAAUGGUGCACCUGGGAAAGUUCAUAAGCAUGGGGGCAUUUUAAGUCAUGCUGCUAAAGUUUAUACUCUUGAUUUGUUUGGAAUGUUUGAAGAAGAAUUUAAUUCUGGUAUGAGAUUGAAUUGUGUUGAAAUUAAUCAUUAUGAGGAUAACUUUACAUAUUCACUAGGUAAUGGGGAGAGUAGAAGGAUGCAUAUUGUGCAUUUUAACCGGACUGAAUUAAGUAUUUGUUGUGAUUGCAAAUUAUUUGAGACUUUGGGGUUAUUAUGUUGCCAUGCUUUAAGGAUUUUUCUUGUGAAUAAUAUACCCGACAAAUAUAUAUCAAGUAGAUGGACAAAAGAUGCCAAGAAAAGAUUGUGUUGCUCUGUUGAUUCAUUUAAAUCAAAUGAGAAAUCGACUCAUGUAUUGUGUAUGAGCAACUUAAGUCUUUUGUGGUAUAAAUUUUGUGAUAAGGCUGCAUUGAUUGAUCAUGAGACCAAAAUAGCAAUGGAUAGUCUAAGUGAGCUAUUAUGCAAGCUUGAAAAGAGUUUAGCAGAUACAAAUAAGGUGGAAGAUGUUGGUAAAAAAUGUCCCCAAGAUCUCAUAUAUGAUGAUGAUGUGUAA